UCCACCCCAACAUCAUCAAUUGCCGUUGUUCGCCUCCCCAUCCCUUCGCAGCCAUACGUGAAGCCUUUCGCUAAUCUCAGCUCAAAAUACUUUCAGUUUGUUUCGAUGAAAAAUGGAAAUCAAAAUUGAAAGAUUUUCCGGGAAAGUUUUUAAUCUUUAGGCUCCCACCUCUUGUCUUUUCAGAUACUGGAAAAAUGGGGAAUUAUUCCUCAACUUUCUGAUAAGAUAAAGAAAGCUUCAUCUCGUCUGAUCAGAUACCAUACUAGCUGUCCACCCUUUUCUCUCUCUCUCUCUUUUGUUUUUUUGGAGAAUUGAUUCUCUUGAACUUUGUUAGCUAACUUUUAGCUUUUUGUACUUUUCUAAGGUUUACAAAGCAAAACGAGUAAUCUGUUAUUGUUUGAUUAUCCCUAGUUAGCUCAAUAAAAGGAAUUUAUAUUUCAAAACUUUCAACGAGAAAUCUAGCUUUGAUUUUUUUUUUUUUUGGGUUUUUAUAGUUGUUUUGUUCUUUUUUCUUUAUGAAAAAAAAUAUUACCUGCAGAAAUGCGUUAUUUUCUCGUCAAAAUGAAACGAUUCCCUUGAACGUAACAGACGAUAGAAACGAAGAAAAAAAUGUCUUUAGUUCGUAGACGGAAAGCAACCGAUAAAGCUUCGAGCUCAGAUUCACAAGUCCCCGAUAAAGACUCUCCAAAAGAACAGGAAUAUGAUACUGCCGAUGUCGAUGUACAGAAAAAAGCUCAAAUUUCAAAAUCCAAAGCCAAGUGGUCGUGCGUGGAUUCCUGUUGCUGGUUCAUCGGCUGCAUAUGCGUUACUUGGUGGCUUCUGUUGUUUCUCUACAAUGCAAUGCCAGCUUCUUUACCUCAGUACGUGACUGAGGCUAUAACGGGUCCCUUGCCGGACCCGCCUGGCGUGAAGCUGAGAAAAGAGGGGCUAAGAGCGAAGCAUCCUGUGGUGUUCGUUCCAGGGAUUGUCACCGGGGGGCUCGAACUGUGGGAAGGCCAUCAAUGCGCUGAUGGGCUCUUUAGAAAGCGGUUAUGGGGUGGUACGUUUGGUGAGGUCUAUAAAAGGCCUCUGUGCUGGGUAGAGCACAUGUCCCUUGACAACGAAACUGGAUUAGAUCCUCCAGGUGUAAGGGUGAGGCCUGUCUCUGGACUUGUCGCUGCUGAUUACUUUGCUCCCGGCUAUUUUGUGUGGGCGGUUCUGAUUGCCAAUUUGGCACGUAUUGGAUAUGAGGAGAAGACUAUGUAUAUGGCUGCUUAUGACUGGAGACUCUCAUUCCAGAAUACAGAGGUACGAGACCAAACACUAAGCCGCAUCAAGAGUACCGUAGAAUUGAUGGUGGCUACAAAUGGUGGCAAAAAAGCAGUGAUAAUUCCACACUCCAUGGGUGUUCUGUAUUUUUUACAUUUUAUGAAGUGGGUUGAGGCACCAGCUCCAAUGGGUGGAGGGGGUGGACCAAACUGGUGCUCCAAGCAUAUAAAGGCAGUAAUGAACAUUGGUGGACCAUUUUUAGGUGUUCCAAAAGCUAUAGCUGGGCUUUUCUCUGCUGAAGCUAAGGAUAUUGCAGUUGCCAGGGCAAUAGCACCAGGUUUCUUAGAUAAUGAUAUAUUUCGCGUUCAGACAUUGCAGCAUGUAAUGAGGAUGAGCCGAACAUGGGAUUCAACCAUGUCCAUGAUACCAAGGGGUGGGGACACUAUAUGGGGUGGUCUUGACUGGUCACCAGAGGAGGGCUGUGUUUCUGGAAGAAAAAAGCAUAGAAACAAUGAUCCUCAGACUGCAAAUGGAGGAGAAAGUGAAAGCUUAGUUUCUCAAGUGAAGAAAGUAAAUUAUGGAAGGAUUGUAUCAUUUGGGAAAGAUGUGGCCGAGGCACCUUCGUCUGAGAUUCAGAGGAUUGACUUUAGGGAUGCUGUUAAGGGUAAUAAUCUUGCAAACACUAGCUGUCGUGACGUUUGGACAGAAUACCAUGACAUUGGAGUGGGAGGAAUCAAAGCUGUUGCAGAAUAUAAAGUUUACACUUCUGGAUCACUUCUAGAUCUGCUUUAUUUUGUUGCUCCAAAAAUGAUGGCACGUGGUGGUGCUCAUUUCUCUUAUGGGAUUGCUGAUGAUUUAGAGGAUCCAAAGUACAAGCAUUAUAAAUAUUGGUCAAAUCCUUUGGAAACAAAGUUACCAAAUGCCCCAGAGAUGGAAAUAUUUUCUCUCUAUGGAGUUGGCAUACCAACUGAGAGAGCUUAUGUUUACAAGUUGUCUCCGUCUGCAGAGUGCUAUAUUCCUUUUCAGAUAGAUACUUCUGCUAAUGCUGAAGAUAGCUGUCUGCAGGAUGGAGUCUAUAACGUUGAUGGGGAUGAAACUGUACCUGUUCUAAGUGCAGGUUUCAUGUGUGCUAGAGGUUGGCGUGGGAAGACCAGAUUCAAUCCUUCAGGAAUUCGGACUUAUGUUAGGGAAUAUGAUCAUUCUCCUCCGGCUAAUCUACUUGAAGGUCGUGGCACUUUGAGUGGUGCUCAUGUUGAUAUAAUGGGAAACUUUGCAUUGAUUGAAGAUAUCAUGAGAGUGGCAGCUGGGGCUACAGGAGAAGACUUGGGAGGAGAUCAAGUUUACUCUAAAAUCUUCCAAUGGGCAGAGAAGAUCAAAUUAAAGCUUUAGUUUCUGACUGGUAUCCUCUUCCCUUUAUGCCACUCUCACUCAAAAAUCCAGUGUGCCAUUAUGCACAGAACCUUUUUCAUCCCCUUGAAACUACUAGUCAAGUCAUUCUCAAAUGGCUAGUUGUAACAUUAUCCCUCCAAAAGCUCUAUUUCGUGGCCUUGAAACUAUUAGUCAAGUCAUUCUCACAUGGGUACUUGGAACUUUAUCCUCCCGUAUGUUGAUUGCAAGUUCGACAGUUUUGGAGAAAUAGGAGCAUGAUAUUUUAUUUUAUUGUACUAAAGUGUUAAGAUACUUCCAUUUUCCUUGAAUAUUUAUUUCUCCACAGGUUCUGCCUAUGCCAACAUAUGAACUUUCUAUUUUCAGUGCUAAUACUAAAUUCUUCUGUCAUCCCGUUGUUUAGGAAGAAUAGACUAUAAUUCCAUAUCGUGUCUGUAAACAGAUUUAGAAACUUCAGCCAAUAACCAUCGUUGGGGGUGAACAGCUUUCUUUCAGGUAGAAUUCUUCCAUGGGAAAAUAAACAAUUUGAUUUAUGAUUUUUGUGUGAUUCUCUGUAAGACAAUGUGCCUGGUUGUCGUAGAAUGAGUUCCUUGUGUAAACUUUGUAUAAGCUUUUGUUGUUGCUACUCUAAUUGAUUCUUUCUGUUUUUAGAGAUCGCU